GCUAAGCCUUACAAUACUCUACUAUAGAAAUUACUAUCGUCAGUUCUCAUCUCUGCGUCUUUGUUAAUGCUGGAGAUAUAUGUAAUAUUGCAAAAAACAAAACUCGCGAAAACUCUCACAAAAAUAGUGUUUUGUUCGAAAGGCUGACAAUUUAUUUAAUCGCAAAAAUGUUUAGCAAAUCGAAAUUCGCCUCGAUGCACUACAAACGCUGAUGGGAAGUUAGUUGUCGCACUGUGUAUUCUAUCGCUAAUCGUGAACUACUUACAAUUGUACUAAAAUUUACUACAACAACAACAAAAUUGUGUGAGAUACAAAUAGUUCCGGUGAGGUGAUGAGCGUUUUUCAUCCAAUGGAUAAAUUGAAUUUCCGGCUGCUAGCCGGUUUAGUAUUAUCGCUCAGUUUGUCGCAGCAUACUUGUCGCUGUCAGCCUAACGCACUCUUCAAUCAAUCACCAUUUCAGCGACAACAACAGACACAAUUACGCCAGCAGUUACAGCAGCAGCAACAACAGCAACAUCAACAACGACAACAACAGCAGGGCUUUCCCAAUUCUCUAAACACCUUGCAACCAGUUGGUGCAAUAUCACCCAUCUCACAGCUCUCCGGCAUAGUACCACAGAGUCCCUUUCGCAUCUAUAAUCGUCUUGACCAACCAAACUAUGUGCCCAUUACCGCCUAUCAGAAUGAUCUCAACUAUGACGGCAGCUUUUCAUAUGGUUACGCCUCGGCCGAUGGUACUACCGCCCAGGCGCAGGGGUAUGUAAAAAAUUUGGGCCUAGGCGAAGAUGUCGAAGCACAGGUGGUGCAAGGUUCAUACUCUUACACCUCACCGGAGGGCACGCCCAUAACUGUACGUUAUAUAGCCGAUGAGAAUGGAUUUCGCGCUGAGGGUGCUCACAUUCCCACACCUCCCCCCAUACCCGACGCAAUUGCCAAGUCGCUUCAAUAUAUCGCCAGCGUGCAGCAACCCUACCAACAGGCCAUCAACCCCAAUCUGAAUCCAUACCAAACGCCUUUUCGUCAAUUUUCGGGUCAACAACGUCCAGGUCAACAGCAGCAAUUGACUCCUUUUCAACUACAACAACAACAACAACGUGCAUAUCAGCAACAACUUGCUGGCCAAUUGCAGCCACCUUUUCCACAGUUCCCUGGCGCUCAACAACCACAAUCGAAUGCAUUUUACGGAGGCGGCCUCGGUGGUGGCUUGCCGGGACAAGGUCAGCUUCCAGGUCAAUUUGGCGAUUUAAGUGGGCAAAACUUUACCCAGCAGCCGCAAAAUUUACAGCAAGAACAACAACAGCAAGUAUUACAGCAGCAACAGAAAAAUCAACAACAGCAACAGCACCAGCAGCAACAACAACAGCAAUUAGCCACACAAGAAUUGCGCGCACGCCCCAAUCAGCUGGUGAACCCUUUCGGCUACAAUCAAUAUCGGCGUUACAAAAAAGCGGCAUUGACGAAAAAUUAAAUACACAACAGCAAUUACUACCCAUAAGCAUAGAAUUAAUAAGACUUAACGAUUUAGAUUCACUGAAUACAGUUUUUGGCUUCGAUUUUUUACUGUGUUGCUCGAUAAUUUAUUUUGCUAUGUUUUUUUAGUUUUAAAUUAGCAAGAAGAUAGUUUUG